GCCCCUGGGGUGGAGACAGGGACCCCUCCUUAUUACCCUUCACUCGCCGUUUCGGGUUCCCUUCCUGGUCCAAAUACCUUUCCCACAGAGCCUGGUGCAUGACAUUCAACCCAUUCUGUUUCAGGUGUCUGUUGCAGGAACCCCUGCGUUUCCCAGACACCCGUCAGUCAGCCUCCCUGAUUCCCUGCUGACCCAGAAUCUUGGAUUCUAGUCCCUAAGAGCAUGGAGUUCUAGUCCUUAACCUCCUUUUCCUUCAGGAUUCAGAGUCCAGACGACCGCUUCCUGCACUUUCAAAGACCCAGAGGUCCAGAUUCCAAUGCUGUCCUUAGGAUGCAGGAGUCCAUGACUCAGGUCUCCACCCCAGCCUUGGCAAUGACCCUGGCAGCCUCCUCUCAGCGCUCCCAAAUCAUCCGUUCCAAGUUCCGCUCUGUCCUGCAGCUUCGGAUCCACAGACGGAAUCAAGACUGCACUUCAGAUCCGUGGAUCUCAGCCUCAGGCCCAGCUCUGGCUCCAGCUCUGCCCCCCGUUCCUGCUUCCUUCCUGGUCAGCCCUGGCAUCGUGUCCCCUGAGCCAGCCUAUUGUCCCUGGAGGUCUCCAAAGAAGGAAUCUUCCAGGAACUCUCAACACUGGAAGGAGCCCAAGGUCAGGGGGAACUUGACAUAUCACCUGUACAUGCCUCCGGAACGGAGCCAAGGGCCUAGGGCAGAUCUCCAAGAGGAGGGGUCAACCCUGGGUCCCCCGGGGCCACCUCUGUGGGAAGAGAAAAACUCACAGAGGCCACACCCUCGGAUGAAGCCCUCCUCAUCAGGAGACUCCAGUCCCUCACCCCCUUCACACAAGCUGGAACUCCAGACCCUUAAACUGGAAGAGCUGACGGUCUCCGAGCUCCGGCAGCAGCUGCGCCUGCGGGGACUCCCAGUCUCCGGGACCAAGGCGAUGCUCCUGGAGCGCAUGCGCGGUGGCGCCCCGCCCAGAGACCGGCAGAAACCCCGGCGUGAGGACAAAGAGGCCGCUGCUCCCUGGCCGCGCCUCAAGCCCAAGACGCUGGGACCAGCCCGGCGGUCGGGCACGGCAAAGGCAAAUGCGGCGACUCGUAGGCUGAGGUUUUCUGGAGCUGCGGAUCCCCUGAGGGCAGCUCUGGCUCCAGCUCCCGCUCCGGCUUCCGCUCCAGCUCUAGCUCCGGCUCCAGUUCCAGCUUCAGCUUCAGCUUUAGCUCUCGCUCCAGCUCCGGCUCCAGCUCCCGCUCCAGCUCCGGCUCCAGUUCCAGCUUCAGCUCCAGCUUUAGCUCUGGCUCCAGCUCCAGCUCCGGCUCCGGCUCCAGCUCCGGCUCCAGUUCCAGCUUCAGCUCCAGCUUUAGCUCUCGCUCCAGCUCCAGCUCCAGCUCCAGCUCCAGCUUCAGCUCUACUUCCAGCUCCAACUCCCUUUCCAACAUCUUCUCCAGCCAGCCUGACUCUGGAGGAGGAGCUGCAGGAAGCGAUCCAUAGGGCGCAGCUGCUUCCGAACCGGGACAUCGAUGACAUCCUUGAAGACCAAGUGGAGCCAGAUGACCUGCUGCCUCCCAUCCCCUUGGACUUCCCUGGCUCCUUUGACGUGCUGUCUCCCUCCCCGGACUCGGAAGGCUUCUCUUCCGUCUUCUCUUCUUCACUCCCAUCCCCUUCUAGCUCCCUGUCCCCUUCUCCAAGGGCCCUCACAGAUUCCUUGGACUGGCUGGAGGCCUUGAGUGGGGGUCCACCGCUGGGCUCUGGGCCUCCAGGCCCCAGCAUCUUCUCAGCGGACUUAUCUGACUCCAGUGGCACUCGGCUUUGGGAACUGCUGCCAGAUCCAUGGUGAAGGACCCUGGGGUUUCCGAGGAGCGGUCAUCUGCACCCACAAACGCCCUCUAACUACAGAGGGCUCCAGAUGCCCUCAUCCCCUCCGGACCCACUGCUGCUGACACACAAAUGCUGGACCUGCCUACUUGGCCUCUGUGUGACCCCUCCCUCCCUUCCGUGUAGUUCGGGGUGGGGGUUCAUUUGCUACGGGCCAGUGCAAACAAGCUUGCUGCCUCCUUCAGAGACCUGCAGGGUGUGUGCACCACUUCCUCCAGACGCUGGAUGGCUGCCUGUCAUCUGGGAAUCGGAAGUUUGUGCUGUUUGGGUUCAGGAAAGGACAGGGAGAGUAGAAGGAAGGUUGACCCCUGCUCUAGUUAGGGGUGAGGGGGAUCAGUGAGUCACCACCACCUAGUGGGUGGUGACCCUAAACUCCCUAUCACUUUGAACCUAUGAGUGUUGUGAUUAUACCUAGCUUUCUUGCUUU